UCCGCGCCGGGCGCCGGCGGCGAUGCGCGGCCACCCCAUCCCCCCGCGGUGUCCGGAGGGCAGCGGGGGGAGCCGGGGCCACACGGCGCCUUCCCCGGCGGCGGUCGCGGGCGGAGGGGGCGGAGGCCGGAGGGAACGGGGAGCAGCAGUUGCGAGGCUCGGGGCCGCGCUUUCGCUUUGGGUGCGCGACGGCGUGUGUGUCAGUGGCGGGUCGGGACUCGUGACUAAGAAACAGCUGGUGUAGCGUCCCAGGCCUGUCACAGCUCUGCUUGUCACGGGUAGGGCUUAGUUUCUUGAUGACUUAAACAGAUGGAGUCUGCUUCUUGUUUCUCCUUUUAUAUAUCCUGAUAAGUUACUUAAAGCAGAACAUAUAGCUUUUGUGACAGAAAGCAUUUCAGCUCAGACAGAUAACUUGCAGAAAGCACCUGGCUCUUCAAAAGAGAUCGUGAAGUGGUCAGACUAUUGUUCACCGUUGGCCUAUAAACCUGGUGAGCCUUAUAAGUUAAUUGCUGAAGCAAGUGUAGAUAAUUUCAGUAACCUUGGAAUAGCAUUCAUGGAAGACAGGCUUCAAAUGGAUAAUGGAAUGGUGCCACACAAGAUUGUUUCUGUCCAUUUAGAGGAAUCUACUCUGAAGGAGUUGGCACAGGUGGCACCAUCUGUAAAAGACCAAAGUGUAAACAGUCGACAAAUGGAUGAAGUAACCUCUGCUGCUACUUUUGAGACUACUGUUAAAUCAGGAUUAGGAGCAGCUGAAUCCACAGGACAAGGUGAGAAGGAGAAAUCCAAGCUAGAGGAAGAAAGUGAGCAUGAAGAUGAAUCCAACAGCCUAUCUGACGAAGAGAUAGGCGCGGGAGAUCAUCAUCACUUGCAUCUUUCCAGCUGUCAUGAAUGCCUGCAACUUGAAAACAGUACUAUUGAAUCGGUCAGAUUUGCCUCUGCAGAAAACAUUCCAGAACUUUCCGAUGAUUCCAAUAGCAAACUGGAAGAGAAGGAUGAUGACUGUCUAGCAGGAGGAAUAAAGAGAGUAAACCUUGCUGGAAAGCCUCCUAAUGUGUUGAUUUAUCUUGGCUCUGAACCUGCAAAAGUGGAAUUUGAGCAGAUAAAAUCAAUUCUUCAGGAAUGCAUUGAUGCAGAAAGCUACACCAUCUACCAGCUGCAUGAGGAACAAGUUCUGAAGGAUCCGUGGAUUGAUAAUUCACUGCUGCUGAUCAUUGCCACAGAAGGGCCUAUUUCUGAGAAGAACCACAAACAAUUUAUGAAGUUUUUAUCUAAAGGUGGGAAGAUUCUAGGGUUUUCUUCAUCUUUUACAUUUGGUGGCAUACAAAUAAAGAGGAAAAACAAACUGAAGAAGACUGUUCAUGAAUUGGUGGUCUCUAAAAUGGACAGCACUGAAAUUAAGUUAAAUCUUUUGGUCAGUGGCUGUGUUUUUGAGGAAGUGAUGAAAGAAGAUAACAGCAAAGUGAAGACAUUGAGUCGACUAAAUAAUACUGAUAAAGAUAUAGUUAUUGUUCAUCUGACUUAUGGAGACAGUGGAGGAGCAGCCAUUCUUUCUCAGGCACACUUGGAACUGGAUAUCAGUUCUAUGGAUGUCCAAACUGAAGAGGAUUUUAACUUGCUUAAGAUAAGCAAUACCAAGAGAUAUGAAGUUCUCAAGGAGAUCCUGAUAUCACUUGGCCUGAGUUGUGAUUUAAGUAAAAUUCCUAUGUUAACACCUAUAUACCUUCUCUCUUCUGAUGAGGCUCUGCUAGAUCCAUCUCCAAUGGAGAAAAUACUGUUGGAAGUCCUUCUAUCCAGCCUUCUACUUGAAGCAGGGCUGUUGUCAACACUAGGUCAGAUCAACGAUGCCCUUUGGGAAAUUCAUCUUGCUUUUCUGAAAUGGCUCGAGGAACAUGUAGAUGCUGAAGGAUUAAGAACAUCCAGCAAGUUGUCUCUUAAAUUUGUUUCAUCCUCUGAAUCAAAAAUGGAGAUAACUCCGUCUCUCAUGCCAGUCAUCACUGAGACGGGAAGCUUCUCAUCAGAACAUUUCAGCCUGAAGACAUAUCAACAGAAUCUUCAAACAAAGAAGCUUGGAAAGAUUCUUCUUUUUACUGAAGUUACCACAACAACCAUGAAUCUUCUAGAUGGGUUAGUGUUCGAGUUGCCUGAGGAGAUGGGUUUAAUAGCAGUUGCUGUUCGACAAACACAAGGAAAAGGGCGUGGUGGAAAUGUUUGGCUCAGUCCCAUGGGCUGUGCAUUAUCCACGCUACAUCUCGCCAUCCCUCUACAUUCCAACUUGGGCCAGAGAAUUCCUUUUAUUCAACACCUGGUGUCCUUGGCAGUGGUGGAGUCGGUUAGAUCACUACCAGGAUAUGAGGAUAUUGAUCUGCGAGUGAAAUGGCCAAAUGAUAUUUACUACAGCGAUCUUAUGAAGCUUGGUGGAGUUCUGGUUAACUCUACACUUAUUGAAACAACAUUUCAUAUACUUAUUGGCUUUGGAUUUAAUGUGAAUAACAGCAACCCCACCAUAUGCAUCAACGAUCUCAUCACAAAAUUCAAUAAGGAAGAGGGGACAAAGCUGAAGCCUUUAACGGCAGACUGUCUCAUUGCAAGAACUGUGACCAUGCUGGAGAGGCUGAUAGAUAUUUUUCAGGAGAAAGGACCCAAUGGCGUUCUUCCCCGUUACUACAAGUACUGGGUACACAGUGGUAAGCAAGUCCGUCUCUACCACGAGGAGGGCCCGAUGGCCUGGAUAGUCGGGAUAGAUGACUAUGGAUUCCUUCAAGUUCAUGAAGAAGGCAAAGGUGUGGAAUCCGUGCACCCAGAUGGCAACUCUUUUGACAUGCUAAGAAACCUUGUAGUCCCAAAGCAUUAGUCAUCCUCAGAGCUCACAAUGCAAAAAGAGGCUCUUUAGUAUUUGCCAGCAAGCAGCUGAACUUGCUUAAAGGUGGGAAGGGUGGUCGAUAGCUUGAUUAUUUUUUUGCCUCUGAUUUUCUGAUAUCUUUGUUCUUUGGCAUGAGUAACUUCAACCAUUAAGAAGAGGUAAUUAUCUCAUUGCUAAAGGCCUUUGUUCUUUCAUAUUAACUUUAAGACACACCUAUGUUGCCAUUCUUUGUAAGCAUCUAUUCUUUAAAAGGAGACUGAUUGCAAAGGAGUACCUUGCAAAGAACAGAACUUUCUUUUCAAUUACACACUGUAUUUGAGAAACUGAAGUGGCUAAAUAUUUCCUUUUUGUGUCUCUGUGUUUUUAUUGUGCUUUAGCACAAUGCAGUACAAUAUUUAUAUUUUUGCUAUAGUUUUUUAAAAAUAAAUUCCAGUUUAUGCAUUGUCUGUGGUCGAAACAA